GCUCCAGUUUUACCCUGCUGCCCUUUUCACUGCCCUUGGGUGGUGUUCACUGCAGCACCCCAUUAAACACAGCAGAGCUGCUGGGAUCCUGCCCCAGAACCAGGAGUGAAACUUGGUGAUGAAUCAAAAGAUGAACCUAGGCUCUGCUCAGGAACAGAUGGAAGAGACAUGGCUUUGGGGGACUCAACCGAAGCAGCCUUCUAAACCGGCUGGAGGUUGCCAGCCAGGUGCCCAUCUCUGCCAUUCAAACCUGCCACCUCCAAGCUUCUGCCCUUUCUCAUCUCAUUGUCCACAUAUGAGUGACUGGGACAUUUUUGAAGCAGUGAGAGUUCAGGAACUGAAUGAAGUGAAAGCCAGAGCUGCCCAGAUGGAGAAGACCAUGCGCUGGUGGUCAGACUGCACUGCUAACUGGAGGGAGAAGUGGAGCAAGGUGAGAGGAGAAAGGAAUCAAGCCCGGGAGGAAGCAAGACAGCUGAGAAUCAAACUGGACAGCGUGCUGAAAGAACUGAGGGUGCUGAAAAAAGUCAAUCAGGGGUUAGUGAGUGAAAGGGAAAAGUUAGAAGGUGUAGCUGCUUGGAGAACAGAGCUCAGCUGCUCAGAAAGGGCUUGUGUUAAAGAAGACCUAAACUGGUUAACACUGCUGGAACGAGAACCUGUCCAAGAGAGCAAAGCCAACGAGACUGCUGGGGCAGAACACACAAAGAAGGGUGCAGAGGUAAUCCAAGACCCAAGAAAUGCCAAUACCAAAAUCUCUGCCAAGCCUCCUGCUUCCCUUCCCAGGGGAGAUCCCAGGGUCUAUUUGGAGGAACCUGGAAGAGGUUUGGACAGCAGAGCUGAGACACCAGAGGAUGACUUCAUACACAUUUCAGUCUUGCAUCUGCAUUUGGCUGAGGUGCAGAAAGUCUUGCAGAAGGAAAGAGAAAUGAAUGUGCUUCUGGAAAGAGAAAUGGAGAAGCUAGAAAAUGAGUUAUUCCUUUGGAAGUGGAACUAUGAAGAGCUGAGGCAAGCCAAGCUGGAGAGCCUGAAGCAGCUGGAAAGAGUGCAGCUUGAGAACAGCUCUGACUGGGGAAGGAGAGAGAAACAUGGAGCAGAAAAGCAGAGUUUGGAAGAGGAGAACAGAAGGCUGAAGUUGCAGGGUAAAGAGGUUGAAGAAAGUCAACUCAGGAUAUGGGAGCAGACAAAGCUCUUUGCAUGCUGCUGGAGAGUCCAUGGAGAUAAGGAGUGAAGAUGCUGGAGAGCAUCAAACAAGCCUGAAGCAGCAAAGCCAACUGUGAAGAGGAGAGACAAAGAACUCAGAGCCUUCCUGAAGACCUGCAGGGAAAUGUAACUGAGCAGUGCCUGCCAGAUGUAGAUGAGAUCAUCACAGAGACAGAGAAUCACAGAAACAUAAAGGCUGGAAAAGGCCUGUAAGAUCACAGCUCACAGGAUGCCAGGGGUUGGAAGGGACCCAGAGAGAUCAUCCAGUCCAACCCCCUGCCAGAGCAGGACCAUCCAACCCAGCUCAGGGCACACA